AUGUCCUUGUGCAUGAGCAAGAACUGUGCUGGAUGGCACUCCGGGUUGUUCCGCUUCCAUGCCUGGACCAUCCUCACUCGCUUGCAGAUUCCUGGAUUUUUCAAGACAGGGCGGGAGGCUUCCGAGCUGAUCUCCAACGUGGAAGGUGCUGUUUAUGCUUACAAGCUCACUGAGGAUUCAGUGGUGCUGUUGCGACCCAAAGCUGGCAAGUCCCUGCCAGCAAGUGUUCAGCAGCUUUCGUCCAAGGGCCUGGCCUGUGACUGUGAGCGCUCGGCACUGCAGCAGAGCAGCGGCACCGACGAAGUGCGGAGAAUGGCCCCGAAC